CUGUGUAAGCCGUCCUAGAAGCCCUCGAGGUCACGGCUUCGCCUCAGAUCUACCACAAAUUCGGCGUCAGAGUUGGUUCUACGACAAUCACAGAUCAAAGAUACCUUCACUGCCAACGAGCAACCUGGUAGCGAAAGCGCCGAGGCUGAGCCGUUCGACGAACGCGAGCUUUUCUGCCGAUCGGAAUGCCGACAAAACCGCGUGCAUGAGACUAGGGAUGGGCCUGCGGUUCGCAUUCGCUGCACCACGACGUGACGGCGUUGAAAAAUGAGGAAUAGAUCUAUCAGCUGACGACGGAACAACGCAGUGGUGCAUGCCCGCUGUGACUUUCAUAGUAGGUUUCUGUCUUGGUUCAUGGGUGCGUCAGUGAUCGCACCUUCUUUUCCAUGCUGGUGUUCCCAUCCAAUCUCUGGCAGGGGGAAGGCAUUCUUCGAUUCGAUUCGUAUGCAACGUCCGCACACCACAACGAGUCACACGUCCAUCCACUCGCACAAACACAGAGGGAGAGAGCAAAAGAGAGAAAAGGCAGUCGAUAUUCUCUCUGCUGGCAACAAACAGGAGAGAGUGGAAGGGGCAGAAGUCGCCUCACUCAGCCAGUCGUCCACCCCAUCGUCUGUGUCUGUCUACGUCCAUCUGCCCACUACAGCGAACGUCUCGCACGAUGUCGGCAAAUCCUACAGGGAAACAAACGUACACACACACAUGAAAGCCGACGUGUGUGUGGUCUGCACAGACGUGGGAUGUCUGUCUGCCUGACUGCGUCUUCAAGUGGAGCGAAGAGAAGACAGGCAUCUCAUGUGUGUGGAUGGAUGGAUGUGGAGGCCCAUCGAUACAAAAAAUGGCGAGAGAGAGAGAGAGAGAGAGACAGCCAUCCACCCAGCCAUCCGGGUGUCAUCGGCACAAUGGAGGACCCAGAAGAAGGAAUGGAGGACCCAGAAGAAGGUCAUCCACACAUCCAUCCACAUCCACCCCUCCAUAUGACACUGACUGCUCAGACAUAACACAGGCAGUGAGAGCCAAAAGGGGCUCGUGUGUGUGUGUGUGUGUGUGUGUCAGUGCGUCGGGGUCACCACACACGCACGCACGCAGGGAGGCAGGCAGCAAGGUGGGCCGGUCAAAAACCACGCACAUCCAUCUGAUGGCGGGCACUCAGGCAAACAAGUGCACAAACAGGGCAAUGUGGAUGCAGCGGGCGGCAGUGAAUGACCUCCAUCCAUCCAUCCAUCCAUUGCCCUCCCCAUCCCAGCUUUGUUGUAUAGCUAGCGAAGCCUUUUGGUGCAGACCAAGGGCCACACAUACCGAUAUAUACAGAUACCCAUAGGACAAAUACACACACACAUGGAUGAAUGGAACACAAGAGGAGACAGAAUCGAUGAGGAAGAACAUACGGUACUCUACGUCAGGCCAUCUUGGUGCCUGGCUGGCUUCGCCCCUCCUUCCAUACAGUGAGAUGCUGCCGUUCAGGCAAGCCGCCACUUGGACAGAGAGGGAGAGGGAGAGAGAGGGAGCCAUCGCUCGACUCUGUGCCGGCCACAAGAAAAAGCAAGGGGCUUACAAGCAUCGUGUGUCCCUCCAGCCGAUAGAUCUAUAGCUAGAUAAAGAGAGAGAUAUGCAAGUGUACACACACACGUGUUCGUCGGUUGGCCCGUCACGACACCUUCAGCGGCGCCCCGGCUUGCUUGCCAUGUGAUCGUUGUUGAGCCGCAUCCAUGAGGCUCAGACGAGGCACACAUGGCGGGCCAGCGCGCGACGGAUGAGUCAGUCAGUGACGUCAGACACAGCUGUACACACCAAUGAGUACGAACACUUGACGCACACGAACACCACGCACACACUCACACUCACACACACGCACGCACUCCCCUGCCCUGCCCGAUCCGAGGGCGAGAAAGGAAGGCACCUCUCACACACAUCCACACAUACGUCCAUCCAUCCAUCGAUCCACGAGUGCAUGGUGCGGUGGCAGUGUUUGUGUGUGCGAUAGAGGCGAGCUGUGCCCGUCUGUCUGUCAGUCUGUCAGUCUGUCUGUCUGUCUGUCUGUUUGUCUGUCAACCAUCAUCUACUCGACGACAAGCGCGGGCAGAGGAUGUGGAACGCCUCGGCCGUCCCGAAGAUGACCUCACAGGACUUUUUGAUUUCGGUCAGCGCCUCCUCCCGGUCGCUGGCCGAAAUCAAAAGGUCCUGUGGAGAGGAGAGUACUACUGCCAGCUGGCCGAUGUCAUGGAUAUCGUAGGAUAGCAGUGCACGAGAGGUGGCGACCGACUCGCGAGUCGCCGCCACCGCCUCCGUCACUCGCCCCGCCGCGAACAGACAGGGCGACCGAUAUGCCAGCAGCUUCGCGACCAAGAUGGUGCGGACAUUCAGGCGGCGCACUUGCUGCAGCAUCUCGUCCACCUCACGCAAGGUCUCCUCUCCUGGGUCGGGCUUCUCCUGCAUCAUCUGCAGCCGCUUCUCCACCUGCUCGAUGACCUUCACCGUAAGUGGGCUGUAGGGGUUGGGCGAAUCGGGAAGGUCGAAGCGCCUCGCCAGCAACCUCUCGGCAGCCAGGGUGGUGAAGAGUGGGUCCCAGUAGGAGACGGUGACCUCGUUGCCGCGGGCGAUCGGCCGGACAGCACGGACGACAAUCAAAUCCCCCUCCUCGAGGAUAUACCUGCGCGCAUCAGGCAGCACAAAUGAGCCUGAGCCGUCUCGACAGUGCCAUUCGCGUGGGCCUGGGGCUUACCAGAUGGCAUUGCGGCUCAGUCCGCCGUGGCUCAAUAGCGAUGCCAACGGCCACACACCCCCUGCAUAGCAAAGUCAUUUCAAACACAGUCCUCUGUCGGCAGCUCUCAUUGUUUGUUUCUCACUUGACGCUUUCAGACAGGCGACACCCAUGCCUCGCAGGGAAUUCUCGGCGCCGAUGUCAUAAGCAAUGUGGGUCUUGAAGUCCAGUAAUCGGCGGAGGUGGUCAGGGGCGCUGUCGAUCUGUGUCACGGGAGGACCGAACUCCUCCCCGGUGGCCGACCAUAUGAACCGCGGCACCAGGGGAAAGUAGGCUGGAGGCAGCUCUAGACAUGUCUCGGGGGCUGGAGGCCCCCCUAUGGCGGACGGCUGUCCCCUGCUGGGCGGCAGACAGCACAGCUGAGAGACCAGCCGAGGGUGCCAAACGUCACACUGCGAGGCCAGCCGUGCCACCAGCCGCUCGUCGAAUCGCCCACUGUCUUGCGACGAUGCCCGCUCCACCACGACGGGCCUCUGGACAAUAAGGAGCUGCCCCGGCUGGACAUCCUGUGUGGCGACGACGCUCGGCUGGCUGUCGGGGGCGGGGGGACUGAAACCGACUGGCCCGACGUACUCGCCAACGUCGAUGAGCGUGGUCCUGCCGAGCUGUCUGUUCUGCGCACUGCCCAUUGCUUGUCGGUAGAUGGCCGCCCAGUCAUAGUCGCCCCGAGCGUUGGCCGCGUGGGUGCGGAUGCGCCGCUGCAGCGUGGUGACAUCUGCCGCCAUCUGACCCUCCAGACCCUGACGGACACACACACAGGGGUCAUCUGACUCCCCUUUCUGUCUCAUGAGUGUCCCAUUGCCAGCUUACGUGAUUGGUCAGCGCCUGGACGACGGCAUCGGCAGCGUCGAACAGCCGCUCCGCCAGCAGCCCCUGGCCCAGCCGAAUCAGCGUCUUCUGCUGGAUGGCACUCAGCUGCUGGCAGGGCCCCUUUAGGCAGCUCAGAUGAAAUGCGGCGGCCGCACAGCCGACGGCGUCCGGCCCUCCCUCCUUGACGAGCUUCGGCUGGAGCAGACACGCAGCCGCAUUGCUCAGCAGUGCCACCAGGGUCGACACGUCAGCGGCCGCCAGACCAGCGGUGAAGACGCCACGCGCAUCGGCGUAGCUCUCGACACCCUGCAGCGCCGCGCCCUCCGUGAGCGCAUCCGUCACUUGCUGCGGUGCCUGGACGACCGGCCGAUCUGUCGAGCAGAGCUGCACCAUGGCGUCCGUCAUGAGUGCCGCGAUCGCUCCUUUCGAUGGCAGAUCGACGUCCUGGUCAUCAUCGUUGUAAGCUGCACCGGUGAGCUGCGCGAUGAGGGGCUUGUAGACAAUCAUGGCGAUCUCCUGGAGGAUGGCAUACUUGGUGCCUGGCUCGAUGGAGUGUGGGGGCAGGAGGAUGCGCAGGGCGGCCGUGACGUCGAUGAAGGCACUGAGGUAGCUCUCCAGCCCGAUGAGGCACUGGGAGCGGCGAAUGAGCAGCUCAGCGAGGUACUCACGCUCCGCUCGGAUGCCCUGACACCACACAGACAUCACAGCAGGAAGCCGUGUGCAUCGACGGGGCAGAUGUGACAGUUAUUGUGUGCGUGGGCCACCUUGAGAUACGAGCGGUAAGCGUCGAGAUACUUGUCGGCCAAAAACAGAGCAUUGCCAGUGCUCUUCCAUCUCUCGGCAGUGGACGGCACAGACGCAGAGGCACUCGCAGCAGGUGCUGCAGCAGCAGCACUCCUGCAAACAGGAGAGCAGCCACAGACAGUGAUAUACGACGUCAGAAUGAUGGUGGCGCUGUCCAUCGUCUCAAUCGAGUGUGUACGGCUCACGUGUCGGCACUUGACGAAGAGGGCUGACGGGCGUCCUCGUCGAUCGGAGCACCUGACCGGCUGCACACACCACGGCCAUAGAGAGCAACCAGUGAGGCAUUCGUCAGCCGCCAGUAUGGAUCUUGUCUACUUACCUUGUGGAUGGAGCAGUGGAGGGCACUGACGGCCCACUCGGGUCAGAGCCACCCGCACCCUUCGCCGCAGACUGCUGCAUCCCUUGCUGGAUCUCCAGCACUAGGUUGCGCGCGUAUUGCCAGCUGGAGUUGUCAUUGGGCAGGAGGCCGAUGUCCGCACCAUAUCGCAACAGCGUGCGGAUGAUCUGCCUCUGCCGGUCGAUCUUCUCGGGUGGGGUUCCCUCUUCGCUGAGCUGCUCCGCGAGGCGAUGCGCCGCCGCACCCAGUGCCGUCCUCACCAGAGCCUCAGCACUGUUGUCCUCGCUGUUGAUCUCGUCGGGCCCGAGCCGCUGACACAGCCACUCGACCACUGGGGGGCCACCAAAGUACGCAGCCAUUCUGAGGGGCGAGUUCCCAUCAUCGGUUCUGGCAUCGAGGGAGGCACCAUUGGCCGCCAGCAAGUCGAGAUAGCCGCGCAUGAAGGCUGCCGACAAGCCGGGCGGGGCCUGAGAGGCACGGUGCAUGGCCGUGAACCCAGAGAAGCGGCCGCUCGCCAGUGUCGGUUCGUACUCGAACAGCCGACGAUAGACUUCGAGCAGGGCUGUCUCGUAUGCAGGCGUGGGAUGUGACGGCGCUGCAUUUCUGGGGACGAAGCUAAUCGCCAGGGCCGAGGAUAUUCUUCUCGCCCCAUCCGACGUCUUGACCAGCGGGGCACCAUCCCCUUCAUCCCGCACAGCCGCCCCACUCUCGAGCAGCACCUCGGUCGCCGUGACGUUGGCCAUCAUGUGGGCCACAUUGAGGGGACGGAGGUAUGGCGCGCCCUCAUUCACGUCAGCACCGCACUUGACGAGCGCCUCCAGGACAUCACGCUGCACUCGGCGAGAGGGCCAGGUGGGGAGCUUGAGGUGCUGGGUCACAGCCGACCAGAGGGCAGGAUGGCUGUCGAACUCGUCGUCCACUGCGAGCCACAGCACACUCACACGGGCUGGCCGGAGGAGCUGGAUCAGUUGCUUCCCUUCACCGUUCAGAACCGUCACUGGCUGCCUGCUGAAUCUGAUAGCUGUCUGGGCAUCAGCCCCUCUCUCACGACACAGCCGCCAUACCUCGCCACCUGUGAGGGUGCGGCACAUGGUCCGACACAGCAGCUCUCGAGAUCCAUCGGUACUGGUGGCCGUGGGUGCCUCGCAAUAGAUGUCGAACCUCGCCAGAGAGAAACCUUGCUGCCCCAACAGACUCUCCACUUGCUCCAAAUGAGAAGCGCCGACCCCAUUCUGAGCCGCCUGAUUAUAUGGACAGUGAAUCGAUCCCACAUACACACUGAGUCUCAUUCUUCGCAGAUCGCGUACCCCCUUGCUGCCUCGUCGCUUCAGGUUUGUCGAGGCCCCAGCAGCGUCAGACGGACGUGUAUCCCCGACUUGCGCACUGACAAUAAGCGAAAACAAUAAGGCAAUUCCCCCGUUGUUUGUGAUUGUGGCGUGUGAUUGUGGCGCGUGGCUUACAGAAAGGGCCCGGCAGAUGAUGAUGAGGAUGCCAUGGUGUCAACCAGAAGACUGAGAGUCAACAGGACACCAUGGCCAUGGCAUUGCUGCCUCCCCGCGACUGUCUUCCACUGCGCACCUGUGUGCCCUGGUCGGUGACUCGGACGUCUCUCCAUCCAUCGCCUGAGACGGCAUCCACAUGCCGGCAGACUGCCUGUGCCGUCGGCUGCCUCGCCGACCCCCUGUGAUGCCCUCAUCUGCCAGCCGCCCAACGCCCCCUGCUGCCUCCGUCUCUUGUGGCUGGUUGCUACUGGUGGUGGUGGUGGUGGUGUUGAUGGGCGUGUUCUUGCCCAGUGGACCAUCGUGUGCUGAGGGCGGGAGGGGGGGCGGGGCGGCCGAUGAGGAUGAUGAGGUGCUCGCGCACGCCGCAGCGCCAGACUGGCCAGAACAGACAGAAAGGCACACAAAGGAAGGAUAUGCAGCCGCUGCACAGCACGUGUCUAUCGGUUCACCUGGCUGCUAUGAGUGUCUGGGAGUGCGAGAAGACCGCCGCCCGCCGAUGUGGACCGAUUGGAGGCAUCCUGAAGCAGACGGGCCCGAGUUUCGGCGGCCUCUUUGAUGAUGAGCCGCUGGUGCUCCGACAGGCCGCCCAGCAGGAUGGCAAACAUGCUGAUGCACGCCUCGGUCACCUCCUCGAAGCCCACUGCCCCAGCCCACACGACGGGCAGGUCAGCCGAGCCGAAUGCACCGUGAGGUUCCAGGCUAAGACCCACACGCUCGCUACCGGCGGAACCGCAGGUAGCCUGAGAUGCCGCCCUCAGCUGCCGCAAUGCGAAGCGCUCCUCGGGUUGGCGGGGACGAAUAAGAUCUGAGAGCUGUGUGUCAGUCUUGAUGAGUGCCAGAGUGACGGUCAGUGCGGUGGUGAGAGGGACGGGGCGGUGGGGUUGGGGUGGUGCGUGGGGUAAAGCUACGCCGCGAGCAGCUCGCUCGUUGGCCACAGAAUCUGUCACACACAGAGAAGAAAGACAGAUGUACACGUGUGGACGUGCUGCCCUUCCCUUGCCCGCCUGCAUGGCCGCCUGUUUGCAUACCUGCGAUUUGCCGCAAGAAGGCCUGCAUCCUCUUGCCGGGGUCUAUGGGGUCUGUCGGACGAACAAGCUCCGCCCACACAGGUGAGGCCACCAGGCCAUCCACCACGGCCCGCCCAGCUGACAGUGCCGUCUGCAGUGCCGUGUCUGUCGCGGCAGCCGCCCACUGAGUGUGGUGCAGGCCGGUGAUCUCGAAGACAAAGCCGAUCGUGUCCAUCGAACCACCAGGAAAGGACGCUUUCUUGACCACACUGACGUUGGUCGACUCGACCUUCUUGCUCUCCUUCUUGGCCAUUGUCUUGGCUGUCUGUGCCGCCUGCUUGACUUCUGCCGAGAGCUGCUGCUGCUGCUGCUGCUGUGGGGCGGAGGGGGGAGGGCACUCGAUGAUGGACGGAAGGCAGCGGGGCGAGGGGGAUGAGGAGGGAGGCCGUUGGGACAUCUCUCGCUGUAUGUCCGACACCAAGCUGCGUGCUUGCUGGGUCUCCAGCACUAGGUUGUGAGUGCGCAUGUGGUCAGGGGACGCACCAUGCUGAAGCAGCAGGCGGACGACCUGCUUCAGUCUGUCGAUCUCGUCCGGGCGCUUCUCGUUCAGCAUAUAACUAAGGUGCACGCCCGCGAGUUCAAUUGGCAAGAGAUCCUGCCCAUUUCUCUUGUUGAUCUCCUCCCUCACAAGCCGCUCGCACAGCCACUCCACCGCACUCGGUGCACCCGCCAUGACGGCGAAAUCAAGGGGCGUGACGCUUUUUGCACCCUUGGCGGUGAGGGAGGCGCCGUGUUGGGCCAGCAGGUCUAGGUACGAGCGCAUGAACUCCGACGGCAGUGACCGCGACGCCGCCAUGUGCAUGGGGGUGGCCCCGCUGUCCUUGAGCUGCUCAGUCGCCAGUGUCCGGUCGUGGUCGAACAGCCGGCGAUAGACGUCGAGGAGGGAGCUGUAAUACUGUGGGCCGGGGGAUGGGGGAAGGGCACUUCGAGGCGGGAGGUAGCCCAGCUGCAGGCCGCGCACAGCCGCCUUAGCCUUGAGCAGCACCUCCACAGCCGUCGGGUUGGCGCAAUCGCGUGCCCACGCGAGGGGUGCCAGGUUGCCGCGGUUCACGUCUGCCCCAUUGGCGAUGAGCGCCUCGAGCACCUUCCGCUGUGUCUCACGAGAUGGCCAGGGAAAGAGGCGGAGCUCCUUGUCGUUCACAUUCAAGACACAUACAGGGCUGUCGACCCCGUCAAUGGCGAUGGUGAGCAAGCCGUAGGGCUCCACUUGAUCGCCCUCUUUGGCCACGCUAAUGUUCAUGUCAGCAUCAGCUCCUUUCUCAUGGCAAAGCCUUGCGAUUUGGGAGUCUGGCUCGGGUGCGCGGCACAUGAUGACGGACGCCAGCCGGCGGUUCGCGGGGCUGUUGCGCUCACUGCCAUCCCUGCCGCUGAUCGUGGUGAGAGAGAAGACCUGCAGACUGAGCGGGGCAUCAAGUUGCCGCUCGUACGAUCGCCCCUCGUCAGUCUGAAUGGACAAAGCAAACAGACGAGGAAGAGAUCUCCCCUUUUCCUUUUCCUCCUUCCCACUGACCUGGCUGGACGGCGGCAUGCGAUCUGCCGACGAAUGAGAGGCGGCAGCCGCCAUCUCACGCCCACCAAAGCCAAUCAGUCACUCCAGCCAUCCUACCAUCCACCUGCACAACACAGAUAGAGAGGGCUGUUUGUGCGUUGCUUUGCCUUUGUUUCCCCCUGCUUUGCAUUCGGUCCGGUGGCUGACCUGUGUGAGGCCUCCCGCCUCCCUCGACGGCCGGGCUUCGCCUCUGGCCGGCUCUCCAGCGCUCGUCGAUGAGUGAAUCAACGCUGAAGGACCAGCAGCUACACCACAGCCGGACUCCAGGCCACCACAGCACUAUACACUCCUCCAAUCCUCCUUUCUG